CCCUAGGAAUUACUGUUUACAUCAUGCUCCUGUAUGAGGUAAGCACAAUUCCUAUAUUAUCAACUUACAUUGGGGAAUCAUUGCCAUUGGCGUUUUAUAAUGUGACUAAACAUAGUGUAAUAAUAUGAUUAAGUAUAAUACAUAUUAUAAUCUCCAUAUUUACAAGCAUAACUUCCUAUACUCUCAGAAAUAAUAUAGCAUGAAUAUUUCUGUAUUUGGCUGAUCUUUACCAGCUGCACAUGAGAGAUGUAGUUCAGUACAGAGCCUGCACUUGAUAUUGCAACAAAUCUAUUAGUUGUUUCGCUAAAGGAAUAAUUAUUCACUUUCUCAGUUACCAUUCAACAACAAGGAUCCGGUUGAGCAAAUGAGUAGCAUCCUUUAUGAUGACAUCGAGCUGCCCGAAGACCUAUCAGAGGAUGCCUCCACUCUAAUACAAGAACUGUUAGAGAAAGAUCCUGAAUUUCGCCUCGGUUCGGGUGACGCCGGGGCUGAAAUGAUUAAAGAGCACCCCUUCUUUAAAGAUAUGGACUGGGACCAUCUGUUGCAGAGAAGGAUUACGGCUCCAUAUGUACUGGGCAACGAAGACCUGGAGAGCCAAGAGAACCCUGGAUGCCAAGCUCCAGCACUGCCACCAACUGCUGCAAGGAUUCCAUCAGAGCUGCAAGAGGCAUUCAGAGGAUUCUGAAAGAACAACAAUAACACCUGAAUGAACAUCUGAUAAGUAGACGGAAUAGAUGGGGAGGGUGGAGGGCCAGUCCAUAUCCAUAUAAGAAGUCCAUUCAUAUAAAGUGAUGCUCAGGUGUCCCACCUCAGUAAUCUCUGACUGAUUAGGCUAAUAUAGGAAUAGUCUUCUCACACUUUGUAGAAUAUUCUAAAACCUCACCUGUAUAACAGACAAGUAAGUUUUAGUGUAAGGUGAGAAACAAACAGUGUAUUUUCACACCAACAGCUGACACUGUAACAUCCUGCCUGGAUUUGAACCAGCACCCUGCAGGUUACCUCUGUUCUAUGUAAGCAGAUAACUAGGUGCUUGGUUCAGUUUGCCCCACAAUACAUUCUGUCCGUAGCGGCUCCUUCUCUACAGCUGACGUUUGGCACCCUUGCCAGAGAGUCUCUGGAUUCUCGUGCAGUAAGACCUGGC